AUUUGAGAGGCGGAGAAGUAAUUGUGCACGUAAAACCGUAAGAUUUUAAUUCUGAAGAAUGAUUUUUUUAUUAGCGGAAUCUUUGAUGUCUUGCGAUCUUUGAUGAUAACAAGCGGUUACCAACUAUCAUGCGCUUCAGAAUUUUAUUUUCACAGAUCGUCCAACGACCGCGUUUAAGAAGCACCGACCGGAAUUGUUGGCUCAUUAGAAGACGACAAACAAAGUCACGGUUAAAAUUUCUGGCAAAGUUUUAAAAAAGAAAAAAAGUGUUUGAUUUUACAGCUCGACCAUGUCGCAUCCAAUCAAGAGUGCACUAUUAUUUUUCAGCAUCUUGAUGCUUGUGACCCACCAUCCGGUUAACGGAUUGAAAGAGAACGAAGAAGUCACGGACGAUUUCGACACGGGAACGGCCGACUUUUGGCAGUGGAUUCCUGGAGCCGCUGAAGAGAAUUCGACCACAAUUUGGCACUUGUCGAAGCACGGGGAUCCGCCGCCAUUCGGAAUCGACGCAGUGCGACCGCCGAUGGAAGACAACGGUGGUGGUUACCUGGAAAUUGUGCCGUUUUCUGACUCGCCGGCGCAAAUUCUUUCCAAUGUUUUCGACCUGCUGCCCUACGCCACUGUCGAGAUGACAUACUGGAAUGUCGUUCCAAUCCCUGUACAGGGACGAAACACGGUCCUUAUUCUUUACCUUGAAUUUCAAAAUGUUACCCUGAACGACGAAACCGACAUCGAGCCACCACUGAGGACGGUCAUGGUUUUCAAGGCACCUGCUCCUAAUGAUCCAUCGCCAGGUUGGACUACUGUUACCGUAGACCUUCCCAUCACCGAACCUUGUCAAGUUCAGCUCCGCAUUGAUGGCACGAGAACAGAUUUUCCCACCACUGGAUUGGCUGUUAGCAAGAUUACCGUCAAGAACGGUGUGGACGUAAGCACGACGACGUCCACGACCAUGUCAUCGACAACUACUCGAGCGCAAAGCCCUUCGACAGAGUCAGUUACAACUCCGACAAGAUAUGCAGUCGACAAAUCGACCUCAACAACGUCAACGACGACUUCCACAACAUCAACGACGACUCCGACUCCGACAACUCCGACGUCAACCAGUGCUCCGCCUGGUGCUACUCCCCCCACUUCUACGACGUUAGAUUCUACCACAGUUACUUCUGCUGCCAGCACGGAGGACAGUACAGUAAGCGACCUGACCACGGAAACUAUUCUUUCUGACUCUCCUUCUAGUAGCACAUCAACUAGCUCGUCUGACACAUCGUCGCCCAUUUCAACUGUCACUCCUUCAUUCAGUCAACCCCAAGUGACCCCUAGUUCCACUUUAUCCAGCGAUGCUUCCACUACAACUACGCCUGCCAGUACUAGCACUAUAUUUACGACUACUAGCACCAUAAGCCUAUCUAUCACUGCUACCACCAUAGGCCUACCUACCGCUACUAGUAGCACCUCCAAACCUACAACAACCAGCUCCACGACUACGAGCUCUGCUUUUUCCACCAGACCCACGACAUCCGCUAGUAUGUCAUCCACCGAUUCUACCGAUCCACCAACUUUAACUCCGCCGUCUGGCAUGACGACAAACCAAUUGCGGGAUGUUUUAAUUGGCGUCGGUGUUGCUAUUCUUCUCUUUUUCUUAUUUUGCUUGCUGUUCACUAUUUGCUAUCGACGCCACAGACGUCGCGCCUAUCUCAUCGAGAAUAGGCAAUUGGAAAAUGGAAUCAUUCGGUCACUGGAGAUAACGGAUCAAUUCCCUUAUACUAUUCACAAAAAUGAGUCCGAUAGCUCUUCGAUUUCAUCGACAACCGCCUCCGAUUGUCCUCUCGCUCCGAAACCUCCCGGUGAAACUUCUGUCAAAGAUUUGCUUCCGAAUUUCUUACGUUCUCUAAGUAGCACUUCCUCCAAAAUAACCAAAUUGACAUAACUGUUAUUUUAUUCACAAACUAUCUAUUACGUAUUUACUGUAUCACUUUCUAGUCUCCUGAUGUUUGUACAAAUAUAUUUACCGACAUUGCUGAAUCACA